CAGCUGCAGCACUGAGACACGCGGGGGCCCCGGGACCGGGGACCGGCAUCUGCACUGACACACCGGACAGAGGGAGCGCGCGCGCAAGGCAGUGACAGAAGUGAUGGACUUCUGGAAUUUGGUGUGGAAUUUUAGUGGGAAUACUCAUCCUGAAGCUUUGUAGCUCCUUGAAUCAAGGUCUACAGUGGUUCUGCUUCCUCGUCUCAUCUUGCCUCGUCCUUCUUUCUUUCUCCACGCUGUUGCGCGAGUUCUCUCUGUGUUGUUCCGGGGGACACUCGGUGGCCACCAUGUCCUCCAAAGCACCAAUCUACCUGAAGCGCAGGAGCCACAAAGGCAAGAAGGAGAAGCUGCGUGACCUCCUCUCAUCCGACAUGAUCAGCCCUCCGCUGGGUGACUUUCGCCACACCAUUCACAUCGGGAGCGGCAAUGGCGGCGACAACCUCUUUGGUGACCUUUCCUUCCUCCAGGGCAAGUUUCACUUGUUACCUGGGCAACAAGGUCAGCAAGACACAAUGCAGUGGAAUUGCGCCGCCACCGAAAGUUCGCCGCUGCUCAAGAACGCUCUUUCGCUUCCUGUUAUUGGAGGAGUGCAGGCGCUCACGCUUCCGCCUUCAGCCCCUGUUGCAUCGCAGUCUCUCACCCCUGCCAUGGCUCCACCGCCAAAACCUCCCAGAUUGCACCUGGAUUCACCUCACACGUCACUCCCUGGCUCCCCGAAGCGCUCGCCUGAUCACGAACAGCCUUGCUUUGGAGCAGAGGAAAAGGAAAGCACGGAAAAGCAAGGCGAGAAAGAUGACGAGCACGCGUACCUGUCUCAUGCUGGCUCCCUUCUGUCGCUCCACUUGGACCUGGGGCCGUCUAUCCUUGAGGAUGUCCUGCAGAUCAUGGACACCCAAAGUAUGGGAGGAAUCGGUGGAGGAUUCACGCCAAAUGGACGACAAGAGGUCUACACCUAAGACAUUCUUCCACCCUUAUUUGUUCCCGCUCCUCUUUUUAUUGCCUGGAGUGCUGGAUUGAACAGUAACUUUUCCAUUUGUCCUUGAAAUUGUUCUCUCUCACAGUCAGAGUGUUCAAGGCUCCAGAGAAAUUCUGUUCUUUUCCUCCUUCGUGAUGGGAGAUAAAAGCCUGACAACUUUUACAACUUCCUGGUCUUCCUUCUCACUCUCCUGAGCCACUGAUUAAAUAUUAAUUCAUCUUUCAAAUCAGAGCUACAGCCUGGACUGCAAUUUCUGACGUAUCUGGAGUUCUUUAAUCGAGGAUUAACUGCAGGAGAAGAAAAAUGACCUUCUCUCAGCACUGAGAAUGACGUCACCUUACUCCACGGUGGUGUUGGCAAUUUCUGAACAAAUACAUGCGCCUGUCUGAGGAUUUGCUCCCCCUUUUUUUUUUUUUUUUUUAACUAGAGGAGCUCGCUCACAUUAUGUCCAAGAGCUACGAAUAAGGAAAGGUAUCUCAGUUAAAGACCAAGUGAAAAAAACAACAACCCUGAGUAUGUCUUCCAUCUUCGUGGAAAUGUGAAAAGACUUGGAACGUUGCACCUUUGGCUUUGCUGGAUGUUUCUGUACUCCCUCAGGCUGGGACAGUUGAUCCCUGUUUUGCGUUCAAGCCUUUUUUAGAUGGAGGUGUGAGGCUCAGUUUGUCACUGAACCCACGGCCUGGGUUCACUUUUGAAACCGAGCCCCAGAAAUUUAUCACUUCAGCAUAUUUCAGUGUUAGAGGGGAAUUCCACAUGGGAUUUGAAAAAAAAAAAUCAGCUUGAUGAGAAGUAAACAAGAUCCUGGAGUGACUUUUAUGAAAAAUGCGUCAUUCUAGAGACUGAUUUAUGACCAUGUUCAUUUGGGGGUGGGGCUUAGAACAAGAAAAAAUGAGUAUACAAGCGCACGUUGGUUUAGUUUUGCUGGUCAAAAGGGUUGUGACCUUUAUUUCUGCCAAAUUGGGCUCGCUUUGGAUCAAGAUUAUAAGAAAAAAAUAUAAAAAUACAGCGCUUGUAGUCAGAUCUUGUUUGAAAGCAAAUGAUCGGGAUUAAAUCUUGUCAAACAUGGAGUAUGUCAAGCCAAAGGAAAGUGUCGCAUCGCAAAUAACGGCGCUAUUGAUCAUUCAAGCUAUGCAUUUUUUUUGAACAUACAAAGUACAUAAAAGUUCUGGAGGUAAAUAUUGAUUUUAGAAGAUUUAGAGAUGGUUAUUGCAAAGGUGGUUAUGGAGUGGAUAAUGGUCGUAGCGGCUGUAUUGAGGAUAUGGCAAAUUAGAAAUGUUUGCACACCACAGUGACCAUUACCUUGCAUUACAUGGCAUGUAGCAGACGCUCUUAUCCAGAGCGACGUACAAGAAGUGCGAAAGUUCUAGUGCCAAUUGAACAAGUGACAGAAUAACGCUAAGUGUAAUGUUCUGUUGAAGAACCAAUGCUCAAUAAACAUCCAUCCAUCCAUUAUCUGUAGCCGCUUAUCCUGUGCAGGGUCGCAGGCAAGCUGGAGCCGAUCCCAGCUGACUAUGGGUGAGAUGCGGGGUACACCCUGGACAAGUCGCUAGGUCAUUAAAGGGCUGACACAUUGAGACAAACAACCAUUCACAUUCACACCUACGGUCAAUUUAGAGCCACCAAUUAGCCUAACCUGCAUGUUUUUGGACUGUGGGGGGAAAACUGGAGCACCCAGGGAGAACACGCAAACUCCGCACAGAAGGGCCCCUGUUGGCCACUGGGCGCGAACCCAGAACCUUCUUGCUGUGAGGUGACAGUGCUAACCACUACACCACUGUGCCAUCCACUCAAUAAACAGCCAAGGAAAACAAUUCAACCAUACAGUUGAGCUGACAAAGUACAACUAAAUAGAGAAAAAUUAAACUCCAAUGGCUGACCCCAAACGAGACAGGACACAGCCUGGGUUGGUGUUGGUUAAGACCAAUAUGCAAUUACACAUGAAGAAAGUGUCUUUUUCCAAAUUUUUGAGCAAGUUUCAAAAAGUUCUUUCCAAGAUUCUGUGCAUCACAGACCAUUUUGGUGUAAUACCGCUAUUUGAAGGAUGCUAUGAUCGGAACCUAUCAUUUACAUUCACGUUUUGUCAGAAGCCAACAGUUGAAGGUCAAAAUCCCUCCCAUGCCAGGACCUGGUCUUCCCAGGCAGUCUCCUGUCCCAGGACUAACCAGGCCAUUAAGGCGCAUUGGGCGGCACCGAUCUCCGCUUCUAUAGCCCCCAGCCUAUACAGCUUGGGUUACAGUGGGAGGUUGGUCCUCUGGUAACCACGAAAGUUUGGUCCACCACUCGCAUCUACCCGUACAUUGCAGCAUGUCUUGCCAGACGGCAGUAGGUACACUACCGUUCAAAAGUUUGGGGUCACUUUGAAAUGUCCUUAUUUUUGAAAGAAAAGCACUGUUCUUUUCAAUGGAGAUCACUUUAAACUAAUCAGAAAUCCACUCUAUACAUUGCUAAUGUGGUAAAUGACUAUUCUAGCUGCAAAUGUCUGGUUUUUGGUGCAAUAUCUCCAUAGGUGUAUAGAGGCCCAUUUCCAGCAACUCUCACUCCAGUGUUCUAAUGGUACAAUGUGUUUGCUCAUUGCCUCAGAAGGCUAAUGGAUGAUUAGAAAACCCUUGUACAAUCAUGUUAGCACAGCUGAAAACAGUUGAGCUCUUUAGAGAAGCUAUAAAACUGAGCAGAUUGAGUUUCUGGAGCAUCACAUUUGUGGGGUCGAUUAAAUGCUCAAAAUGGCCAGAAAAAUGUCUUGACUAUAUUUUCUAUUCAUUUUACAACUUAUGGUGGUAAAUAAAAGUGUGACUUUUCAUGGAAAACACAAAAUUGUCUGGGUGACCCCAAACUUUUGAACGGUAGUGUACCAUUUUUAUGAUAGUCUAUGGUAUGACCCAACUGCGAGUAGAACUCGCAACAGCUGAAGGUGCAGUCUGGAAAACUACAAAUACAGCUACAAAGGUCAAAGGCAAAACCGAAGCACGUGCAUGUAAGAGAAAUGCUAAUGGACCGUCAGUAAUGUUGUCAAUCCUUAAGAUGAAUCAGGUUGCUCGAGAAUGUUGCGUUUAUAGAUUUUCUGUCAUAAAAAACAAGUCUGUGGAAUUCCUCUUUAAGACUUUGGCUAGUGGAAGAGACAGGGUGAAGAGCGAGGUCAUGUGACACUUGGUGUACUGUAAGUCAACAGCGAGUAGAUCAUUACUAUAUUAACCACUCAAGGUGAAAUUGUUAAGCACUGAUUUAAGCUUCUGCGGCGUAAAGAAUGUUCCAGCUCCACGCCUUUCUGCUAGAACAUCCCGCUAGGUGACGAACACUGUAUUUCCUGUAUUCAUUAGCAAUAACAGAUAUUAGCAACAUUAUGAUUAUUAUUGUGAUUAUGAGGGAGUCCAUGUUCAUCAUGACAUCACACUGAAGACUUAAUUAUCCAUGAUUCUCUUUAUAUUUUCAUGAUUAAGCUCGGCGAGAAGAACAUCAGCGCACGUCCUGUACUUGUCCUCAGACUGAACUAUUAUGGGAUAGGAGAUGCCGAAGGUCUAUUUUUAGUCACGCACAAACACUUUUCUCUUCAGAAAAUGUGAUUAGAUAUUCAGAAGUGAGCCAAGCAGGCGUGAUAGUAUAGUAGCUGUGGAGUGUGUGUGUGUGUGUGUGUGGGUGGGUGGUGGUGGGGGUGAAGCCUGCGUAUCAACACAAUGGUUGUGUUGUCAUAAAUCCACAUCGAGGCCUUGAGGAGUGAAGCAUUAUGAGAAGGAGGAGAGGAGUGUGUGUGUGUGUGUGUGUGUGUGUGUGGGGACAGCUUGGGUGAUUUCUCCAAAGUUGUUUUUUUUCCCCCGACUUUCUGUCAAACCCUUUCAAACGUGCCUUUUUCCUCUUUUUCUUUUUCUUUCUCUCUCACGUGUGAAUGUUCUUUCUUUGCGUAUGGUGUGAAAUUUAUUUAUUCCCACUUUCAGGAAAUCCAAACUCGCACUACAGCUCGAAACCACAGACGAGCUGAGAUCGAGGUUGGGAGAGAUCUGUAUUAUGCAGCAGGACACGAACCUCGUCGUGACAUUCUGUAAACCUCUGUAACACACACAGUUCUGAGCUGAUUGGACAGAAAACUUUCUCUCUGCUGCUGCUGCUGCUGCGUGAAUGAGCUCCCAGUUCACAUGAGGACAUGAUUCGUGCAUUUACAGUGAAUAAAGAGAAUUUUAUUGUAAAAUAUAGUUAUAAAAAUAUCAAUAAAGGACAAUUUGAUAUGAA